AUGCACAACAUGGACGAGUCCGCUGAUCGGUUUCCUCUUCACACAGCAGCACGUGAAGGUAAAGUCUCGGUUGCAGAGACUCUUAUCAAGAGUGAGCCAAAGCUUGCCUCGAUUGAAGAUGAUGAUGGCAGGCUCCCGAUUCACUGGGCCAUCUCAUCCAAUAGUGUCGAUAUUGUGGCCCUUCUUGCACAACACCGAAGCUUUGAUCCUGAUGUUCAGGACGGCAGUGGCUGGACCCCGUUGAUGAUUGCUGCUAGUCUCAAGGAUGGUGAAAGUCUUGUGAACCUGUUGCUGCAAAAGGGAGCCGAUAUCAACUUGAAGAAUCACAAUGGACAGAGCGCCCUCCACUUUGUCGCUUCUAAGAACAAUUUGGAUAUCGCAAGGACGCUCCUCAGCCAUAACCCCCCGGCGUCGACCAGAGUGCGCGAUAAACGCGGCCAAUACCCCAUACACCGGGCAGCAGCUGUAGGCUCCGUGCCCAUGACAAAAUUACUAAUCAAGCACAAGAGCCCCCUGAAUGCCACCGACACCUCAGGCUAUACCGCUCUACACCAUGCAGUGGCUGAAGGACACGGUGACACGGCUGUGGAACUACUCAAAGCCGGAGCAGAGCUGCACAAAAAGGAUGAUGACGGUUGCAUGGCCCUGGACUUAGCACCGGACAAGGAGGUCCGUCGCUACAUUGAACGUGCUGCUGAGGGAGAAGGCAUAGAUAUUUGA